ACGACCAAUAUGUCAAAUUGCAUGGCGGUGCGUCGAUUUUUUGCUAAUCAUUACCGGAUUUCUCUAAAUUUAUCAGUUUAUACAACGAAACCAAGGAAUAUAUUCACUCGUGUGAAUACUACGUCAGUUAUCACCGGUUUUAAAAACAAUUUGUGCGCGCGCGCGGCUUCUUCCGCGCUGGAGACCAUGAGCUCGAGCUUCGCGUACCCUGAGGCGAGGCGGGAUGAAAGCGUCGUCGACAACUACCAUGGGAUAGAGAUAAAAGACCCCUAUCGCUGGUUAGAAGACCCAGACUCCAGCGAGACGAAGAGUUUCAUAGAAGCAGAGAACAACAUCACCCGACCGUACCUCAACGCUUGUCCGGUCAAGAAGGAGGUCCACGACCGACUCACGGAGCUCUGGAACUACCCCAAGUACUCGUGCCCGUUUAGAAGAGGGAACCGUUACUUCUUCUUCAAGAACACUGGGCUGCAAAAUCAGAAUGUUCUAUACGUACAAGACAGUUUGGACGGCGAGCCCCGAGUCUUCCUUGACCCCAACACACUGUCAGAGGACGGGACCAUAGCACUCGCAGGCAGUCGCUUCACAGAAGAUGGCGCCACCUUCGCUUAUGGGCUCUCCGCUAGCGGCUCCGACUGGAGUACGAUACACUUGAAGGAUGUUGCUACAGGUCAAGAUUAUCCAGAGGUGUUAGAAAAAGUCAAAUUCGCGUCUAUGUCGUGGACGAAAGAUAACAAAGGAUUAUUUUACUCUCGCUACCCCGAGCAGACAGGCAAAACGGACGGCUCCGAGACGGAGGUGAACCGCGACCAGAAGCUGUGCUUCCACCGGCUGGACACGCCUCAAUCCGAAGACGUGAUCGUCGUGGAGUUCCCUGAAGAACCGCUCUGGAGAAUCGGCGCGGAGGUGACCGACUGCGGCAAGUACCUGAUCGUGUGCCCGGUGAAGGACUGCCGCGACAACCUGCUGUUCUUCGCCGACCUCAGCAAGCAGCCCGACAUCGCCGGCAAGCUGCCGCUCACGCAGAUCGUGCACAAGUUCGAGGCUGACUAUGAAUACGUAACAAACGACGGGUCGGUGUGCAUAUUCCGCACGAACAAGGACGCUCCCAACUACCGGCUGAUACUGAUCGACCUCGCCAACCCCGCCGAGGAGAACUGGAAGACACUCAUACCUGAACAUGAAAAAGAUGUGUUGGACUGGGCGUCAGCUGUAGACAAGGACAAACUGGUCAUCCAUUACGUCAGAGACGUAAAGAGCGUACUACAACUGCACAGCGCCAAGACUGGCGACCUGAUCCAGACGUUCCCGCUGGACGUGGGCUCAGUAGUAGGGUUCUCCGGCAAGCGCGAGCACACGGAGAUCUUCUACCACUUCAUGUCGUUCCUCUCCCCCGGCAUCAUCUACCACGUCGACUUCAAGAAGCAGCCCUACGCACCCACGGUCUUCAGAGAAGUGAAGGUGAAAGGAUUCGACGCGUCGCAGUACGAGGCUAAACAAAUAUUCUAUUCCAGCAAAGACGGCACUAAAGUUCCUAUGUUCAUUGUUUCUAAAAAGAACCUGCCCCAAGACGGCAACAACCCGACGUUGAUAUACGGCUAUGGCGGCUUCAACAUCAACCUGCAGCCGAGCUUCAGCGUGACGCGGCUCGUCUUCAUGCAGCACUUCAACGGCAUAGUCGCCAUACCCAACAUUCGUGGCGGAGGCGAAUACGGCGAACGGUGGCACAACGCGGGCCGACUACUCAACAAACAGAACGUGUUCGACGAUUUCCAGGCGGCCGCCGAGUAUUUGAUCCACGAGAAAUAUACGCAGCCGUCGCUGAUAACCAUCCAGGGCGGGUCCAACGGCGGGUUGUUAGUGGCCGCGUGCAUCAACCAGCGGCCGGACCUCUACGGCGCUGCCAUCGUGCAGGUCGGUGUGCUCGACAUGCUGAGGUUCCAGAAGUUCACGAUCGGGCACGCGUGGGUCUCCGACUACGGCAGCUCGGACAACAAGACGCAGUUCGACAACCUGCUCAAGUAUUCGCCGCUGCACAACAUUCAUGCGCCAGAUGAUAAACGGCCACAGUACCCGGCGACGCUAGUCCUGACAGCGGACCACGACGACCGCGUGGUGCCGCUACACUCGCUCAAGUUCAUCGCGGCCAUACAGCACGCCGUGCGCGGCUCCCCGCAGUGCCGGCCGCUGCUGGCGCGCAUCGACACCAAGGCCGGCCACGGCGGAGGGAAGCCCACCGCUAAGAUUAUCGAUGAGCACACAGACAUCCUGUGCUUCAUGACGCAAGCGCUGGGGUUGAAGUUCGUGAAGUGACGGCCCCGCCACAACCACUAGUAUUGUGUGAAGCUAUAGUAUUAUGUACAUACGAGUAUACCACAGUCUGUUGAUUACCUCGGGUCUUGAGAGACUGGUGAUAUUGUUACGCAUUGCUACUUAUUUUUUUAUUAAAUAAACUUUUGUUUUUA